AUGAAGUUUCUCGGCCUGGCCACCACGGCUGCUGCGUGGUCUGUCCUCUUUUUCCACCAUGUGAUAGCCUUGUCCAAUGUCACCUUCUAUUCAGACAGCCAGUGCUCGAAAUUCUUGAGUUGGAAGACGGGUCCGGACGAUGGCACUUGUACACCUUUCCCGACGAACUCGCAGGGCUUCCUUAGUUUCAUGGUCACCAGUUUGGAUCAGACAUGUGCAGUCACGGUAUACGGCAGCGAUGUCCCGUACUGCAGUUCAUCAACAUUGUUCCUUGCUCCCUUCUCUAACUGCAUGACGGCAACCAACGUCAGUCAAUUCUCCGUCGACUGCCAGAGCUUGUCGGUCGCCACAACUGCCGUGCCUUCGGUGGUCCCCACUGGAGCUGCAAACCCUACUACAGGGUCGACAGCAUCCUCAUCCUCCAGCUCAGCUGACACAGGUCUUUCCGGGGGCGCCAAAGCCGGCAUCGCCAUUGCCGCAGCCGUGGGGGGUUUACUUCUCGUCGCCCUGAUGGUCUUCCUGGUGGUCCGGAACAACCGCGCCAAACGACGAGACAUGAUGGAGUCGGAGCAGAGAAUCCUGGAAGCCGACUCUACGCCGGCUGUGCCCCCUUACUCGUACUCGGCCGAAAUGCCUCCCAACGAAAAGAAGGUACCAGUGGAGAUGCCAUCGGCAAUGAUGGUGCCCGUGGAAGCUCCUGGGGAUGCGAACUGGCCAGAUCCACAAGAACUGCCCGGCGAUUACACACAUUCAGAAAUGGAAGGGUCGAGUCCCUCGCAGCAACAGCAAAAAGACGACAUCAAGACCGUGGUAUCAUCCGAGACCAAGACCCUUGUGGGAUCGGAUGCAAAACUGGACAUCAAAUCCAUUCCCGAAUCGCAGCCUUAG